AUGUAUAUGAAUUCCUCUGGAGCUGAGAGUGGAUCUUACUCACUGACCUUCCUGGGAAAGAAAGUAGGGAGACAUCACGCUGUGGCCCCCGCAGGCAAACAACGCGCCUGGGAGACAACUAACAGGUCUACCUGCCCCGAGGACCUGGAGUUGUCCUCGCGGCCUGGACGGGCUCCUGUCUCAGCUUCUCACGUACUGGAGGAUUUACCUGGCAGCGUACCAGAGCUGAAGGAUGAGAGGCCAUGUCCAAUCAUUCAUAACACACAGUUCGACCCGUACGAGGACCGCCCAGCAGCUGUCAGACAUCACAAAACCCUGUGGAUGAAGAGGUGGGCUGCAUUCAGACGCUGGAUCGGUGCUGACCACAGAAAACACACGGGACAAGAUGUCAACCCAGGAUCAUCAGAAUCUCAGCUCUCAGACAGCAGUGAAGCUGAUAGGUCACAAGAUGUAAAGAUCUACAUCCCCUACGAGUCAGCUGAGCGCUGCAUCAAUCAGAUAGCUGAGGACAUGGGAGCAUUGAAGAGAAAACACCUGGAAAAGGUGCAUGAGUUAGAGGAGAACUUUCAGCUCACAGCACGCAGGAACCAGGAGUGGACCGUGCAGAGGCUGAGAUCUCAUCACCAAAACAAGUUGAACAUUCUGAGGAGAAUCUUAGACGUCUACCAGGAUAAAGUGGAGAAGAGGAACGCUGACUGGGAGAGGAGAGUCGAGGCCUUGAAUACACGGAACGAGCAGCUACUGGAGGAGCAGAGAUCUGAGAGGAGGAGGAGUAAAGAGGAGGCGCUCCAGUGGCACAGAGAAAAGAGCAAAAUGCUGGAGCUGUUCUCAACCAGGCUGGAUGUCCUGCACAGCCACCAGGCCUCCACACUGCAGGAGCUGCAAAUGGCCCGACAAGAAGUUGGGAAAAUACAAGAUAUGUUGAUGGCAUCAUCCCAGGAGCAGCAGGAAGCUGCUGAGGAAGGUGAAAGCACAGAGAACAAUGGACUUUCAGCUCAGCAACAGACUGUGGCUUGCAAUGACUCGGAGCAGCCACUGGAGGGGGCUAAAGCCCGCCUGGAGGAGCUGAAGGAGAGUCUGUAUCAGAGGGAGAGAGAGAUCACUGAGCUGCUGGAGGCCCAGAGGAGCCCCGUCCCCCCCGUGCCCCAGUCCCCCUGCAGCGUGCUGCUCCCCACUGUCAUACACAAGGCUCAAGCUCUCUGCAGUGCAGUGCCUGAGGCCAGAGCUCUUUUGGACCUGAUGAUUGAGGAGAAUCGAGCCGCGUUGGUUGAAGCCAGAGACAAACUGGACCGUGAGCAGAUGGCUAGAGAAGACAGUAUUAGCAAAGAAGAUAAGGCAAACGACCAAGAGGGGUUUGCUGAAUCUGAAUCAAGUAUGUCCUUACUACAAGAAACAGUGAGGGGCUAUGAGGUCUCUUAUCUGGCUUUGGACUGCAUUAAAACCGGAGAAAGCCCUAUAAUAAAUGAAUGUGACACGGUGGCAGAGCUGGAGGACAUCUUGGGACAAGGGACGAUCCGAACCACAGAGGGAGUGAAGAGCGUUGGUCAGCAGCUUCUCCUGCUGCAGGAUCAACUGAAGCAAGUUAAAGACGAGAAAAAGAAAAUAAUUGACAACUACACUUCAGAAAGGACAAUGAGGAAGAAGUACUACAAUAUGGUGGAAGACAUGAAAGGUAAAAUCAGAGUGUGUUGUCGGAUUCGACCGCUGAGCCGAACUGAAGAUGCUCAAGGUGGAGCCAUCGCUGUGGAGAAAAUAGAUGAUUUCUCUGUCAGUGUGGACACUCCUCGAGGGCCGAGGGAGUUUCAGUUCAAUAAGGUGUUCACUGCUGAAGCCUCUCAGGAAGACCUGUUUCAGGACACCAACAGGUUGAUCCAGUCGGCCAUCGAUGGAUACAACGUCUGUAUCUUUGCGUAUGGCCAGACGGGCUCAGGAAAGACCUUCACUAUGGUGGGGGACAAGGACCAGAAGAACCCUGGGAUCAUGCCGAGAUCUUUUAACGCCAUCUUUGAUAUCAUACGAGAGAACAGCACCAAAUUCGACUUUAAGGUUUCGGCCUACAUGCUGGAAUUGUACAACGACCGGCUGCAGGACCUCUUUGUGAGCCCGGCUGGUGAGGCCAAUGCUCAGCCUCCGUCCCAUGGCCAGGUCAGGCGGGUGGAGAUCAAGAGGAACCGAAAGGGGGUUGUGUUCGCCCAAGGAGCAGAGACAAAAGAGGCCUCCAGUGCCCAGGAGCUCUACACUCUGUUCCUGCAGGCCUGCGCCAACAGACACAUCUCUGCCACCAAGAUGAAUGUGGAGAGUUCCCGCUCCCAUCUCAUUGUGUGCAUCAUGGUGGAGAGCAGGAAUCGGACUAAUGGCAGCGUGAGCACCGGGAAGCUGAGCCUCGUGGACCUGGCAGGAAGUGAGAGAGCAGCCAAGACCGGGGCCAAAGACCACCAGCUAAAGGAGGCUAACUCCAUUAACAAAUCACUGAGUGCCCUGGGUGAUGUGAUCUCAGCCCUGUCUGCAGAACUGCCUCAUGUACCAUACAGGAAUAGCAAGCUGACACAGGUGAUGCAGGACUCCCUGGGUGGAAAUGCCAAAACCCUCAUGAUCGUCAACAUCUCUCCUUCUGAAUGCAACCUUGAAGAGACGCUCACAUCUCUGGUUUAUGCAACCAGAGUGAAGGCCAUAACCAACAAUGCACAAAGACAUGUGGAGAGCAAAGAGAUCGCCCAGCUGAAAGAGGUCAUCAUUAGGCUGAGGUCAGGACAGACAGUGGAAGACGAGGAUGUUUGAACCUUUCAAACAGCAAAGAAAAACUAUUCAUUUAAAUAUUUGAGUAAUUGGAAUGUGAGAAACCUAUUACAAAAAAUAUUCUCAUUAAUGUUCUGUUUUUUUACUUUAACAUGUCACUUGUAAGAAACAUUUUCUCAAUAUUUCCAGAAAAUGUACAUUGGUUUUAGCAAAUAAUGUAUUUUAUUUUCCAUUUGAUUGGAAUUAGAAAAAUUAUAUAACAGAUUUUUAAAUGAAGUUUACUGCCUGGCUCAUUAUCUCCUGACAUCUCAUUGUCUGCCAAAUAACUCUGGCUUACUUUGUUUCCUGAAGUAUGGUUGAUUAUUUUAAAUAACAAGAAGCAAUUGCAUUAACAACAUAUCACAACCUACUGCGAUAAAAUAUGUUUGCUGCAAUUCCUGCUAUUUUUUAAAUAUGAAACAUGUGUCUAGUCUAGCUUCACACCCAUUUGUGUUACACCACUAAUAGGCCAAGGGUGUGGUGUGCAUGUCACCGUAUAAGGUUCAAAGUUAAGGCAUCAGUGUUUCCCAUAGAGGACACAUUUGAAAUAGACUUUUGUGUACAAUAGCAGAGUUAAAGAGUAUGUGUCAUUUCUUGAGUGGCCUGUCUUUUUUGUUUAAGAUAUGCUUGCUAAUGAACUCUUAUUUAUUUACCAUGUUUUUUUGUCUUAAUUCCCUUAAUGUUUCACAUGCAGGGAUGGCUGACAUCACCCUAGAUGCAUUCAGGGGAUUGCGUGCAGUUUGUUAAUGUGUGCUGCCUGCCUGGCUCUAUAGAAUGAGGCCCCCACAACACAGGGCCCCACGUGUAACUGAAGAGGCAAAUUGGAAGUCAGCUGGUUAUCCAGUUUGCACUCCUAUUGUAUGAAGGGAAAGGCAAAUAGUUUGUAGCCCAUUAGAGAGGUUAAGUUUCCAGGGCCUAUGACCUGUUCCUAUAACGUUAGGGGGUCAGAUCCCAUGGCUGGGAAUGCACACUCGCGAAUGUUGUUGUUGCUUUUUUUUUAAGCCAGGCAGCGGGUUCACAAAAAAUUUGACAUAUGACAGAAAGUACAGACAAAAGUAUUAAAAUGUCCCAAAGUGAAGUUGGAAAAAUAGCAUUUUUUUGUAAUUUGUAAGCUAAUGGGCCAAUACAUAAAAAGGAACAUGGCUGUGUGUUGUUGGCUGCUUUAGAUCAGCGGCCACUCAGCACAUGUUCCCUGUGAUUUGUUAUUCUUUAAUGAAGGCCAUAGUUUGAAUCGUACUGUGAGCUCUGUGGACAAGAACAAAGUGAGAGACAAAGAGGCAGAGACUACAUUGAGAGGGAACAGGGUUGAUGAGGGGGCUGAGGUCUCAUCCUCUGGGUGUGUUUUGAUAAUUCAUUGAAAUUUCUUUUUAAUAGUACACACUGUGACUUGUUGAAAUGACAUUAAACUAGGUCUAAG